AUGGCGUCUCCAGAAAAAUCAAAAAAGUCCAAGUCGAAACCGCCUCGCGGUCGUCCAACCGCCAACUCUGCCAUUUCUCAACCUGCGGUGCAGGAUGCCACCACCACUACUGCCCUUCCUGCUUUCUCUCCCAACGGAAAUCUUUUCGCCUACCUCUCCCUGGCUGUUGACAAGCAUCGUUUACGCGUUUAUAACACUGCUACAGGCCAGUCCGUUGCAGAGCAUCUUUUCGAGGCAACCAGGGCUACUGCGCUGGUAUGGGCACAGCUGAAAUUGUCCGACACAGACAAGCCAAACGGCACGGACCAACCACCCAGCAAAAAGAAGCGGAAGAAAGGCGUGGAUACGGUACAGGUAAAGAUGGUAGAGGUCGUCAUCCUGGGUCUCUCUGACGGUACUUUGGUUCUCUUCUCUCCCACUCACGGCCGGGUUAUACGAACCCUCUCCGAUUCUCAAAGUACAGUUGCUAUAUUAUCAGCAAUUGCCGUAGAGAACGCGGACAAUACCUCUAACAUAUGGACUUCGAGUGUCGACGGGUUUGUACGGAAGUGGGAUUUACAAACCAACGGUGUGCUUGGUUCAUGGAAAUCGGGCGACCGAGUACCCUACUCAGCCAUGGCUCUUCGACCAUCCGGUAAAGAAAAUGAACAGCAGAUCCUCGUUGCAAACCACUCCCUUCGACUGUUAUCUUUUGAUGACGUUGAUUCACAAAAACCCAAUCAGCUAGCAUCCUUCUCAGGGCAUGCUUCAGCCGUCAAAGCCGUACAGUGGGAUGCUUCUCAAACGCGAUCUGACCGUUUCAUUUCUAUGGCAGAAGCAGAUAGAGUAGUAUCGGUAUGGGCCGUACCUACAGGAGACGCAACGGAGGGAAAGCUCGCUGCUUCAAUACAACUCGACUCUGAUGCCAGAGCCAUUUCUCUUCUUCACGUCGCUGCUUCUCUCAACCAGGUUCUCUUGACGCUUGCCGCAUCCGGGAGAAUAUCUGUUUUCCCCAUCCCGACCGAAUUGUCGCCUCCUACCAACUCUUCUCACAAAGUGUCGACACUACUUCCACGCUCCACACUCGCAGUACCCUCUGCCAAAAACUCAUCCGGUGCCCAGCUUUUGGCGGCAUCGUUUGUUCAAGGACAUCCUGGUCAAAUCCGCAUAGCAAGAGUUGUGGGUGGUGUGCGACCAGUGUUUGACCUUGUUUCAUAUUUGGAUGAUUCUGGCGCAUUCAUUAAAGAUGUUUCAAUUGGCGACGUUUCCGCCAGCCUCGUUACUGAAACAGCCAUGAUGGAACCAAGCAGGCGAUACAAUGAGUCGUCUUCAAUGGCGGUUGGCUCUGGGGUUGCACUUGGGCAUGAUCCGGACCUGGAUGACUUGGCCUUUGAGCAUCCCGAAGGCGAACUGGAUGUUGACCUUGCUGAGCUCAGUCUCGGUCAACGAUUAACAGCACUCUCCGGUGCCAAUGUCCGACCUGAGGGUAGUGACGAUGAAGAAGCCUCUUCUUCCAAGCGCCGUAAACCCUCAGGGAAAAAGGUACAAAAUGAUAUAUCCGUUGUCCCAGCUGCUUCCUUAACGCGGACGUUACUCCAAGCUUUACACUCGUCAGAUUCAAAGCUUAUGGAGACAUGUCUGGCACAUUCCGAUCCUGUCUUGAUACGUAAUACAGUGAAGGCUCUACCACCUCAGUUGGCUGUUCCGUUAGGUGCAAGGGCGAGCAACAUGAAAGGUGGCGGAGGUGGUGCAAGCUCCCAACGCGGUACAACUCUAAUUGCGUGGGUGAAAACUGUGCUGGCCGUGCAUAGCGGACAUUUGAUGACAAUACCUGAUCUCGUGGCACGGCUUUCUGGUCUUCAUGCUACACUCACUGCUCGGAUAGCGCUACAGGAGAGCUUGUUGUCCCUAAGCGGGCGACUAGACAUGGUCCUAUCUCAGAUCGAGAUGCGUUCAUCUGUAGCGCCUGCUCCUCUUGUCCCUAAGAAGAAAGCAGUCAAGGACAAGGACGUUAAAAGAUAUGUCGAGGGUGAAAGCGAAGAUGAAGAAGAGGAGAUGGAUAUAGAAAUCGAAGUUGACAGUGAUGACGAUGCUACUAGUAUUGAGGAUGUGGAGUUGGGGGGUAGUAGUGAUGAAUCGGAAGAAGAGGAAGAAGCUGAAGACACUGGGGAUGAUGAAGAAGACGAGGACGAGGAUGCCCUUGUAGUUAACGGAUUCAUCGAUGAUGAGGCAGAGGAAUAUAGCGACGAGGAAUCAGACAGUGAAUAG